AUGGUGAAACAGGGUGCAGAUCAAUCACACCGCUCCUCAUCCAAGGUUAACAAACGUCGCUCCCAACUCUCUAGCUUCAAAGACCUCACCUUACUGCACAAAGCUCCUCCAGACAAUGGAGCAGAUAAACCCUCCAACCAACCUUCCCUGCUCCUGUCAGAGCCCGUGGAUAUUCCGCAAGGGAUUCCCGACCGGGUUUACCUCAAGGCUGCGGAGAUAUUCCAGAGUACACAUGUGGAGAAGCCGGCAGCCCAGAGGCUGAUCAACUACGGGAAGAAAAGGACAAAGAUGACAAUGCCAGAGGCCAAGGAUGAGACUUCACAACGCCAGGCAUAUGAGCUGGCAUUCAAUGCACUCAAAUAUCAAGAGCUGCUGGAGGACAUUUUGAUUGACAGCUGCUUCUAUCUCUCUCAGCCAGUGGCUGAUGACAUGAUGAGUUUGGUGGCUGUCAUGCUGUAUGAUUUUCAAGAAAGGAAGUUCCUGCCACGAGAGCAACUGGCCAAUCAGGGAGAGGAGGUAGUACAGGAAGUCAGAGAGGUUGAGGAAUGCCUGCUCAGGUUUAAGACUAAGCUGGCGGCUUCGUUGGCCCGCUGUAGAAUCAAACACGACCUGCAGACCAUAGACUGCAUUCUCCCAGACAGUGUGAGGAUGAAGCAGCAGAGAGCCUCAUGUUUACCUGUUCAUGCCUGGAUUAAUACACUGAAGACCAGUGUGGAGGAGGUGUGUGGUGUGCUUAAGAGGGAAGGUUUCUCUCAAGUGAAUUCAGUCGGGCAGUUAGAGGGCCAGUCCUUCUGUGAGGACCCACACUGCUCAGAACUAUUGGUGUUUCCUGCCCAGUGCAAGGCGGACCUGUUCCGAACCAGACUCAUCAACCAACACAAACUCAUUAUUCAGGAUAAGUCAUGCUGUGUGGGUCCAUGGGCAUUGCGCCCCCUGUUGGUUAAAGACGGAGAUGUUUUGAUGGUUGGCUUUUUCUCCGCUCUCACCAUUGCUCAUGUGGCUGCAGUCAUACACACACACAGUGCUCCACAGACACACACGUAUGGCAGUGCCAGCAGCCCCGCCCACGUAUUUGUGUGUGUGGGAGAUGGACGGCCUGCACAGAGGGAAAGGCUACAGGAAGCUCUCACCAACUUGGGCUGUAACAAGAAUGUGAAGCUGAUUACUGACUGUUUCGGUUCACUGGAUGUGUGUGAUCCGAGAUUGCAGAAGGUUCGCCUCAUCCUGCUCAUGCCCCAGUGCUCCGUCUCUGCAGUCUGUAACCCAGUAGAAUAUAUACUACAGGAGAAUGGAGAUACUGACCUGUUAAAGGACCUGUCCCAGGGCUCCGUCGCUCAGCCCAAACUGAACUCCCUUGUCUCCCAGCAAUGCAGAGACCUCGAGCACGCACUUAUAUUUCCUAAGGUGCAGGCAGUAGUGUACUCUACCUGUUCCUCAUACCCAGAGGAGAAUGAGGAGGUAGUGAAGAGAGCACUGGCACAGGGAGUGGAUGACAGCUCAAAACUACAGCCUUACAGGCUGAGUUCCCUCAACGUGCUCCAAAGUGCCGUGUGUGAGGAGAGGGGAGUGGAGAGAAGCCCUGGCCUCUUUAAACUUGAGCCGUCUGAGCAGAGUAACGGCUGUUUCUUAGCUCUGCUCACCAGAGAGCCAAACCCUGAAGUGGUCGAAACGCCGCAGGAAAUUCUCGCUCGUGCAGCAGCAAAAGGCUUGUUAGAUGGAAUUCAGCCAAACCAGCCAAUCAAAAAAGAGGGGCGUGACCAAAAGUCUCACAAAGCAGCACUCAAUCAAGGACGUAAUGCUCCAGCAGGCUCCCAUGCCUCUCUCAGUAGCCAAUUAUGUGUGAAGGAGUUCCAGAAACGCGAGAUGAAGGGAAGCAGCUCUGCUCCAACUGUGGGACAAGAGACUAAAAGAAAGCUGUCAUCUCGAGGUAAAGCUGUACCUUCUCGCCAUGUCCCACAGAAGACCAAUCCACCCAGUACAGGCUCUGUCUCCAAAUCCUUGACUUCUACCUUUUCUCUUCAUAAGAGCCUCGCACGUAUAAUAAACACGGCUGCCUCAGCCAAUGAGCAAGCACCACCCGUUCCUAUGACGACGCCCCCCGCCCCCCGCAAAGGGCGUCAGCAGGUUCUGCAUCCAGUGUCCGUCACACUCCCCCCUGUGCAGUUCCCAGACUUUAUACCCCCACAACAGCGGAAAAUGCACAUCCCCCCUCCCUCAACAGGUCCCAAUCAGGUCCUGUCAUACGUGCAGCUGAAAUGCAGCCCGCACACAUCACACACACAGUCCAGCAGCAGUUUAGGAGCAGAGAGGAACAGGGUAAAACACACACGACCCUGGCUUUGA